AUGACACCACUCUACAAGCCUGACAACCGCCUUCCAAGUACACCACCCUACAAGCCUAACAACCGCCUACCAAGGACACCACUCUACAAGCCUGAGAACAGCCUACCGAGGACACAAAACUCCACGCCUGACAACCGUCUUCCAAUGACACCACUCUACAAGCCUGACAACCGCCUUCCAAGGACACCACUCUACAAGCCUGACAACCGCCUUCCAAGGACACCACCCUACAAUCCUGACAACCGCCUACCAAAGACACCACUCUACAAGCCUGAGAACAGCCUACCGAGGACACAAAACUCCACGCCUGACAACCGUCUUCCAAUGACACCACUCUACAAGCCUGACAACCGCCUACCAAGGACACCCCUCUACAAGCUACAAACAACCGCCUACCAUGGACACCACUCUACAAGCCUGACAACCGCUUAUCAAGGACACCACUCUACAGCCUACCGAAGACAGCAGACUCAAUGCCUGAAAACAGCCAGCCGAGGAUAG